AUGCUAUCGGAACCAACUCAUACAACACCAGAGGGAAAUUCUCCUGUCCCGGUUCAGUGUACGCAGUCGGGCUCUAACGUGAAGGAUAAUUCAGAAACUGAUACCGACGCCACUCCUGGUAGCCGAUCUGGAAGCAAUGAAGAUGUAAAGAUGUCGAUUGUGGAGGAUACGGUGGAGGGCUCGAAGCAGAUGGCCUAUCCACCGGCAGCAGGCGAGAGUCAGGACUCACAGUCCCAGGAGAUAACGAACACCGAUGAUAUACUCGAGCAUCAUAGGUUGGGCUCUGAGGUCUGCAAGGAGCAUGACAGCGAGGAAGAGGUUACCAAAUCGCUAGUUAGGAUGGAGGAGACAAGUAGCGAGAUCCCCACGAGUGAUGAACGUGUAGCUAUACCAGGGACAAACGGAAAAACAGGGAACCCCCAUUCAAUGGCCGCCUCUGGUUCGCUCGACUCACGGGGCAGAAAACGCAACGACCGAGACAGCGUAGUUGAAGUUCCUUCUGGGACUAAGCACGGUGAUGCCCCAACUGCCAGUAACGAUCCUCGUGAUGGGCCACAGUCCGUCGACAGUGGCACCGAGGCUGUACUACCCGAAAUCCCAUUGGCGGUCACUGGCCAGGUUAUCCGGGCAGUGGAGAACGAAAGUGUGGUGGAGAGUGCUCAGGAUCCUUCCAAGACCCCUCGCAGCGAAUCUCACAGCCACCAUAUUACUGCAAGGUCGGAUGGUGAUGUGCCUAUGCAGGGUGUAGUCGCCACAACGGGUCUCGAUACACAGCCCACAGCACAAGUUAUCGCCGCCGUCGAAGGCUCCUCCGGCUCCACUCACGCCCCAGAUCGAGUGCAAUUGACUGAAGAGGUCGUGGAAAUUUCGUCUGACGAUAGCAAAGAUGAGGAUGAGGAAGAUUCAGAAGAAGAGUCGGAUUACGAACGUCUGGAGGAGUGCAUCAAGGACGAGCUCCGCGCGGUCCUGGAUUCCUCCUUCAGUGCCUCACCCGGUACAUUCGCCUCCAUGACCUCCUAUACUACGCCUCCAAAUCCCGCCAUAUCCAUCACCGGCUUCGGAACGCUCGGUCUCCCUCUGAGUGUCACAGAAGCCUCUCGCCUCCGCACAGUCUGCAAUCGCGCACCGUUCGGAAAAGGGGAGCGAACGGUGGUGGAUACUGAGGUCCGAGAUACGUGGGAGCUGGAGCCCGACAAGGUUAAAUUCGGGAAUCCUGAUUGGAAUGGGUGGUUGAAUGAGACGGUGGUAAGGAAGGUGUGUACCGAUCUAGGUGUUCCGGCGGAUGCGGUGCCAAGGAUGGAGUUGUAUAAGAUGCUACUCUAUGAGACGGGCUCACACUUUCACGCACACCAAGACACCGAAAAAUCUAACGGAAUGUUCGCCACUAUCGUCAUCGUCCUACCAUCGCAAUUUCAAGGCGGCGAAGUCCACAUCUCUCACGGCAAGAAAAGCAAGGUGUUUGAUCCUGCCCAAGGCAGUCUCUUCACGACCACAGCCCUAUCCUGGUACACCGACGUCGUCCACGAAGUCAAACCUGUUACCUCAGGCUUCCGGCUUGCUCUUUCCUUCAACCUCAUCCGAAAUCCCAGCGCUCCUUAUGUCCCCAAACCCCCUUCGCUCGAUGGUCCUGUUGAAGAUCUAGAACGCGUAUUGAAGGCGUGGCGGCACGCUGAGAUCGAUGGCGAGGAUCCUGUGACGGGCCAGGAGUUGCCCCAGAAGCUAGCGUAUAUCCUUGAUCACCAGUAUUCGCAUGCGAACCUCUCAUUCGACAAGCUCAAAGGUCGAGACCGGUCUAUGGUCCUCAACCUGCGAGAAGUAUGCGAACAGGAAGGGUUUCAACUCGGACUUGGGAGUCUCAAAUUCACCCAGUCAGGAGAAGCGGAGGAAGAUUAUGGGGGCUAUCGCGGAUAUGGUCGGUAUGGGCGUGGACGGCAGUACGGAUACCAGGGGGACGAGGGUGUAACGAUGGGUGAGAUCGAACAUACGAGCUGCACGGUGCAGCUCAUUUCUGGCCCAAACGGAGAGUGCCUUGGUAGGGAGGUGGCGUUGGAGAUGGAUGAACUCAUGGUAGAUGAGAAUUAUUUUGACGACGAAACACCAGAUGACCAGGAGUAUGAAGGCUAUCAGGGAAAUUGGGCAGGAUCUUUGGAAUACUUCUACCGCCGAACCGUCCUUCUAAUAUGGCCAGAUUCACAGAACGUCUCCGUUGUGACUUCAAUGGGAGGUACAGCCGCCGCCAUAGCCUCACUCCGCGCCAACAAAUCUACUACACCGUCAAAGCAUGACCUUGACCUAGUCGAUAUCGCUCUUUCCUCGGCUGCGAUCUCAACAGAGACAGGACGCUUGGUAGCUGACUUGGCUGUCCGAUGGCAAGACCCUGCACUGUGGCUUAGAGCAGUCAAUUCGUGCAGAGCAGGGAGCAACGUCUCUGUCUUCGGUGCUACGAGGCUUGUGGCUGCAUAUGACAAGUUUGCGUUCCCAUCUGUUGGGCCCGUACUCGACAAUGUGAUCUCCAACACGACUUCAACGACCGCUCGCCUGGACUUUAUCUCAAUUCUUCAGUCUCAUCCUAAGGUCUCCAUCCAACCGUUCUGGAAUGCACCAGAUGGAUGGUUCGAUGCAAAGAGCGUCCAGGUUUUGAGAUCAUUACGCCAGGUCGGAAUCAACGACAUCUCGUCCAUCGUAUCUGCGGCAUCGACCCAAGGAGGGUGGGCUAUCUUGAGAGACACGAUCAUACCGCAGCUCGUCGCCUUCAACCUUCCGCUGGAUUGGUGGAAAACAUUUAUCCAACACAUGCGCCAGUGGACGCAAGACCCUAGUCAUAGCAACUUUCAAGGUUGGGUGGAGCCCGUCAUCGCAGCCGCCGGACCAGUCGCCCUAAGGUUCGAGAAAGCACUCCUUACGGCCGAGUCGAAUGCUCACCGGUUCCAGAUCAUUGAUCAACUUCAGCAAGCCAUUCCUGACGGUUUUACGCCACCCUUCUCGACGUGGUUCGAUAGCAAACGGGACCAGGCUCUCACGAAUUUGAAAGCUGUGAACUCGAACGACAUUCCUUACAUUGUAUCUGCUGCUUCGGCCUUAGGAGCUCUGCCCAAGCUACGAGACAUAGUUCUCCCUCAGUUCGUAUCGUCCAAUUUGUCUGCUGCGUUGUGGACGGAUUUCAUCGAGCAUCUACAUCUACGAUCGCAAGGACAAGGUGGUGAAAGAUUCGACGGUUGGUUUGAUCCUGUUUUUGCAGUUGCCCGACCCGUAUUCGAGAGUGCUCUUCUAGGCAUGACUUCCAAUGUUGGUCGAUUCACUCUCAUAGAGCAAAUUGGACGGUUGGUACCUGGAAGUGAUGCUCUGAAGACGUGGAGUAGCGAUCAACGUUCAUGGGCCGUACGAUCGCUCGUGGCACCUAGAGAAGAGGACGUACCACUCUUCGUCAAAUUGGUCACGGCCGACAAAGACUUUAUGGCCAGUUAUUUGAUCCCAAAGCUGUCACAAGAAACGGUCGAAAUAGGUUUUUGGAACGAAUUCAUUGCACAGCUCAUCGCAGAGGAGAAGAAUGAAUGUGUGGGGCUGCCUGUGAACUGGCGAGAGAUGAUCGUGCCGCUACUCGUGCAACCUAUCGCACGCCUGCUCGCACCGUGUACGAGCAACCAGCAGCUCUUUGCUGUAUUCGAGGGCGUCGCCACGCUCAUGCGUGGACAGCCCGUCUUCGGCGAUUUCAUCGAAAUUCAGAGGCGGGCAGCAUUCGACAGGAUCCAAAAGCCAACGAACAACGACGUCCCAUGCUUCAUGCUCGAGAUGCAACGAGACCCCGCCUUCGGGCCAACAGUGCUAUUUCCUAAGCUACGCAAGUUUGCGUGUGGUGUGGAUUUCUGGAAACAUUUCAUUCGAACAAUCCAGUCGCAACGAGCCUCACUUAUGCAACACGGGUGGACGCAUGACCCUUUCAAAACCUUCAUCACAAACCUCGUCGACACCGCAAUAAUACAGACUCCCAUCCAAGCUGCCGCUCCGCCACCGCCACCUCCUCCUACAUACGGUUACGGUGGGAGAUACGGGUUCAACGUACCGCCUGCAACGCCGGCAGUCGUCACUACCAUGAGCGAUCUACUCACUCUCUGCAUAGAGACGAGCAACUUCCUUUCGUCUUCUCAUCUAUUCCACAAACUCUUCACCAUCUGCGUCAGUCAGGACGCCAUCCAACACACCCUGCUCCCUUUAUUCCCCAUCGUCGUGAAGCUCCUGCAGAAGCACCAACUCGCACUCGACACACCUCCAUUCGAUAUCUUCUUCCGCGAGGCCAUCAAGACCUACGCCACAGGCCUCCUCGGUCCCAAACCCUCCCCUACCAGUCGCGUCUGGAAGGGCGCCAAAUCGACAUGCACUUGCACCGACUGUCAAGAGGUCAACAGACUCAUUGCCAAGCCGGACGCAAAAGUGGUGUGGCGAGCAGCUCAAGCCCGCAGGCAACAUGUCGAACUCAAACUCCAUGGCCUUCCCGGUCUCACACUCAACACCGUCCGACACGGCUCGCCACAUGGACUGGAGAUCACGAAGUCCGACGCAUUCUUGGAGGCUGAAAUUUGGAAGAAGAGGAGCGAAGAGGGUAUAAAGCUCCUGAUGAGUGUUGGGAACCAGGCGUUUUUGUCCAGGCUUUGGACCCACCAUCCUGGAGGACUCGGCGCUGUUGUUCUUGCACUCAAAGGGUUAUCGAACGCCCUGACUCUACCCACACCGGACGCACCUCCUGUGCCCCACCCUCAGCCUAAUAUAGCCACUCGUCCAGAUCAACCUUCAGCCAAUACUGCUCCGGUCCCCGUCUCUUCAACCUCGACGGCCACCCCCACGGUUGCUUCCCCACAAGCCCUUCAGGCGGGAAAUACUGUGGCCCGUGUUGCGCCUUCACACCCAGUCCCUAGUUCCUCAAACGCUCAUCCUGCCAUGCCCAUCGCUGCAUCGAAUGUACAACGACAGCCCUCGGCUUCGAAUCAACCCACGUCCAAGACGGUCCCUACCAAGCGAAAAGCCAACAUUCAGAACGUGGACAUCGACCUUACGCUUGAUUCAGAUUGAGUGGUUGGAAGUGUGGCGGAGUGGGUGGUGGUGCUGGUGGUAGGCAAGGGCAGAGUUGUACAUGACUUAUCUUCGUAUCCUGCUCCAUUCCUCUUUCGUGCCCUCGACGUCGUACUAGAUUUUUAUGCUUAAUGUCCUAUAAUGGUUGCUGAACG